UGAAAUGCUGAAGCACGCCAUUCUGAAUAUAAUUCAUAUAUGAAUUAUCAUGUUGCUUAAAAUCUUGUUAAGGCUGACUUUCUAUUUCCAGCGAUUUUGCUGUUGUGACUGUUGAAGACAGGCUGGGAAGCACACAGCCUGGUAGGCGUCGCCAUUCUUCUUGAGGAAGCUCACCAACGGCCAGCGGCGCGACUUAGCUUUUUACCAAUUAAAGCAGACACAAGAGCGAUGGCAUAUUGCGUUAAAGGCAGAUCUGUGUGAGGUCGUCACUGUAAAGGGUUCUAUUUUGCGACCGUUUCGUGGUCGAACUGCACUGCAGCCUUGGAAUGACACAGGAAUAAAAGCCGCGUUAUGGGAACGGAAUUCAGGUGAAGAACCCUGAUUCUAUUGGAUCCACGGCCCAGCCCGCCAGCCAACCCGGCCACAGCCCAGAGGGGGAGACGAGGUGAGGACAUUCCACCCCCAGCCUCCCCCCCCCCCCCCCCCCCCCCCCCCACCCGACAGGCCCACAGUGCAUCGUUGCACCGCCGACCCCCCACCACAGCCACCGCCAUGUCCACCCCUAGCGGCAGCCCUGAGAGGGAGGGGGGCACGGGGGGGCCUCAGCUGGACGGCCUGGACCCCGACCCCCCCUCCAUGGGCAGCCCGAUACUCAGCCCGGACUCAUCUUCCCAUGAUGCAACUCUGUCGGCGCCGGCCGCCUCCCCGGCCGACUCAGAGAGCCUAAGCCCUGACGAGCUGGAGCUGCUGGCCAAGCUUGAGGAGCAGAACAGGCUUCUGGAAGCCGACUCCAAGUCCAUGCGCUCCAUGAGCGGCUCGCGACGCAACAGCGGCUCCUCGCUGGUGUCCAGCUCCUCGGCCUCGUCCAACCUGUCCCACCUUGAGGAGGACACCUGGAUCCUGUGGGGGCGCAUCGUCAACGAGUGGGAAGAGUGGAGGCGCAAGAAGGACAAGCUGCUGAAGGAGCUGAUCAGGAAGGGCAUCCCCCAUCAUUUUCGCGCCAUCGUGUGGCAGUUGCUGGGCAACGCCACAGACAUGCCCGUGAAGAACCAGUACUCGGAGCUGCUGAAGAUGUCAUCACCCUGCGAGAAGCUGAUUCGCCGGGACAUCGCCCGCACCUACCCCGAGCACGAGUUCUUCAAAGGCCAGGACAGCCUGGGCCAGGAGGUGCUCUUCAAUGUCAUGAAGGCAUAUUCUCUGGUGGACCGGGAGGUAGGCUACUGCCAAGGCAGUGCCUUUAUCGUGGGACUGCUCCUCAUGCAGAUGCCAGAGGAAGAGGCGUUUUGCGUUUUCGUGCGUCUGAUGCAGGAGUAUCGCCUCCGGGAGCUGUUCAAGCCCAGCAUGGCUGAGCUGGGUCUCUGCAUCUACCAGUUUGAGUACCUGCUCCAGGAGCAACUGCCAGAGCUGAACGUCCACUUCCGCUCUCAGAGCUACCACACCUCCAUGUACGCCUCCUCCUGGUUCCUCACCCUCUUCCUCACCUUCCUCCCCCUGCCCGUCGCCACGCGCAUCUUCGACAUCUUCAUGUAUGAGGGUCUGGAGAUCAUCUUCCGCGUGGGCAUGGCCAUCCUACAGUACAACCAGACAGACCUCAUCCAGCUGGACAUGGAGGGGAUGUCCCAGCACUUCCAGAAGGUGAUUCCUCAUCAGUUCGACAGCUGCACAGACAAGCUCAUCCUGAGGGCCUACCAGGUCAAGUACAACCCCAAGAGGAUGAAGAAGCUUGAGAAAGAGUACACCACAAUCAAGAACAAAGAGAUGGAGGAGCAGAUAGAGAUCAAGAGGUUACGCACAGAAAACAGACUACUGAAGCAGAGGAUUGAGACACUGGAGAAGGAGAGCGCUGCUUUGGCAGACAGACUGAUCCAGGGUCAGGUGACACGGGCCCAGGAGGCGGAGGAGAACUACGUGAUCAAGCGGGAGCUGGCCGUGGUGCGUCAGCAGUACAGCACGGCCAGCGAGAGCCUGGGGAGAGCCCAGGACACCAUCCAGGAGCUGCAGCAACACAAGUACACGGAGCAGUUUGUGAACGAUCUGCAGACACAGCUGGAGCAGUCUCGGUUGCAGGAGGCGGAGCUACUGGGCGCCCUGAAGGAGAUGCAGGACAAGGUGCUGGACCUGGAAAAGAGGAGCAGCUGCCUGCCCGACGAGAACAACGUGGCCCAGCUGCAGGAGGAGGUGAAGCAGCUGAAGCUGCGGGAGCUGGCCACGCUGACCUCCUUCAGGGAGACGCAGGACGCAGUGACCGACCUCAACCAGCGCUGGCAGCACCACAUGUCGCGGGGCGGCGGAGGCGGCGGCGGCCAUUGGAAGGAGUCCCCCAAGAAGAACGCCAUGAACGAGCUGCAGGACAAGCUGCUGACGGUGCGCCUGCGAGAGGCUCAGGCCCAGGCCGACCUGCGCGAGGUCAAACUCAAAGCCCUGCAGCUGGAGAGCCAGAACCAGAUCAACAGUAAGCUGAUUGGCCGCCACGAGCAAGAGGGUGUGGCCCAGCAGGAACGGAUACAAGUGCUAGCCAAUCAGAACAAGGGGCUGCAGACCCAGCUGAACGAGAUGAAGCGGAAGCAGUCCGAGUUUGACUGCAAGAGCAAAGAGGAGGUGAUGGAGGCGCGCUUGCGAGACGCAGAAAGCAUGGCGGCCAUGGCUGAGCUAAGACAGAAGGUCGCUGAGCUGGAGAUACAGAAAGAAGAAGGGUUGAUCCAGGGGCAGUUAAACCACUCCGACUCCAGACAAUACAUCACCCAACUCCGGGACCACAUCGCUGAGCUCAAGAACGAGGUCAGGCAGCUCCGCGGUCAGCCCUCUAAGUUCCCCCCCAGCUCCCGCGUCAGCAGCAGCGGCAACUACCAGGAUCUCUGCCUGGCCAGCCCCGCAUCGGCCGAGGGAGACUACCUGAGCUCCGACGACGACCUGCUGCCUAGCCCGCUGCCCGCCAACGCCCUCUACCCGACCCUGCCCGGGCCCUGCCACCCAUCUGCCCGCCUGGACAGCGAGGGGAGCACAGACAGCGAGCCGGAGGAGCGGACGGCGUCCCACCCAGACGCCCACCACAACCCCCCACAGCUGUACGGAGGUAUGGUGUGCGCAGCUGAGACUCUGGACAACUAGGCUGCAGUAGCCCCCUGACGGACAACAGUGGCCCCUGCCCCCCCUGGGAGGAUUACUGAUGCGACCUGACGACCUGAUCCGCGCUCCCCGCGCUGUCAACCCACGGAAGCGCUCCCCCCCUCCUCUCCCUUCCUCCGCUCCCCCCCUCCGCUCCAGGGACACUUCGGCCUC